AUGAAUUCUCCAGUCUUCCCUUCCCUAUACACGUCUUCCUAUGACCUGUGUCCUCCCACCCCCUGUGGCCCAACCCCACUGGCAAACAGCUGCAAUGAGCCCUGUGUCAGGCAGUGCCAGGACUCAACAGUGGUGAUCCAGCCCUCUCCCGUGGUGGUGACCCUGCCCGGACCCAUCCUCAGCUCCUUCCCCCAGAACACCGCUGUGGGAUCCUCAGCAUCCGCGGCUGUUGGGAGUGCGCUUAGUGCUGGGGGAGUGCCCAUCUCCUCUGGCAGCUCCUUAGGAUUUGGAAGCUCUGGCUAUCCAGGCCUGGGCAGUGGGUACAGCCGGCCCUACCGUCGCUACAACACCUACCGCAGUGGCUUCUAUGGGCCGUGCUAAAGCACGAGGAGCAAGCAGGAAGAAAUGACCAGGAAUGCUGAAGCAAAACCCGAUGCAAGACUGAGCUCAUGGCCAUGGUUUUCAGAUGCGAUGUUAGACACCCACAACUCCACCUGAAGUUAAUGGAGCUGUGAGUGGUUGGCAACUCCUAAAAUCAGGCCUUUGCUUGUCUUAUUCUUUGAAUACUUCAUACUUAUGAUGAAUCAUAUUUUUUUCUAUUGCUGUAGAUGGGACUUUAUUGUCUCAGUUCACAGCAGCACUGAGAAAAGAAACCCAGGAU